UUAUUAUUUAGUCUGAAUAUGGACAACGUGUCCUAUGAUGGUGAUAAAACGUUGUGCGAAAACAUCAAGGACACGAUGGGAUGCAGGGAAGAAGAUACAGAUAAGGACCACAUGGCAAGGUUUAAUGAGAGAAAUCCAGAGAAUUACAUGAGUGCAGUAGAAUGUCUACGAUUGAGAAGCAGUUUGGUGGAAAUUUUGGAGGAACUGAAAUUAAGGAGGAUGAAUGACAAAGAUAAUGAGGAGAGAAUAAAAAGGGCUGAUCAAGAAAAAUAUCAACUAAUCAGAAAAUGUGAGUCAGAAUCACAGAAGUUAAAUGAGGCAACCAAGCAAUACAGGAAGCACUUACAGGAUAAAGAUAGGAUGUGUGAAGAGAAGUUGUCCAGGAUGGAAGAACAAUUGAAACAACACAAGGUGUUUAAAGAUUGUACAGACAAAGAAAUUAACCUGUUGAAGGAUGAAAUUCGGAAAUUAGAGGUUGUGAAAUACAAGCUGGAGAAAGAUGUCACAGAACAGGAAAGAAAGCUACAUCUUCAUGUCCAAUCUUCAGAGCAGCAUCUGAAUCAACUGACAGAAACAGAAGAGAGUUUCAAGUCCCUCUACACUCAAUGUAAACAGCUGAGCGAGGCACAGGCACAGCUAGAGGAGAGUGUUCAACAUGCUAUAAAGCACAACCAGGCCUUAAGGUAUAUAAAUGAGCACCAGAAAUGUAUUGUUGAUGAAGAGAAGAACCAUUCCCUUAGUCUGCAGGCCCAGCUUCUUGAAGUCAGAAGUCUUCUACAACAGAGACCAGAUGAAACAAGUCUACAACAGUACCAACAGGAAAUAACAUCACUAAAUCAGAGAUUAGAGAGGCUAAAAUCAGAAAAAGAGAAGGCUGAGGAAGAAGUUAAAGAGUAUGAAACAAAGUAUGAGAAAGUGACCCAGAUUUUGGAGGAUACAAACAGACUACUGGUUUGUCAGAUUAAAAAUGUUGAACUACAUAAAAAGAACUCCUCCCAACAAACACUGGUCAUUGAACAACUACAGAAGGAACUGUCAGAGGUCAAAGGUGAACUGCAGGAGGUCAAGGCUAAAAAAAGAUCACAGAUUGAGCAGCACAGAGAAGAAGCUAGAGAAUGGAGACAAAAGAAUUCAGAACUUCAAGAUGAAUUGAAUAAAAUCACUGAAGAGUUAGCAGAUCAGAAGAAGACGUGUUCUGAUUUGGAGGAGUUAAAUACAACAUGGUCAAAUCAAAAUAUUCAACUUACAGAACAACUUCAUUCCAUCAAGGAACUAAUGAACAAACCUAAACAGGAGCAGAUUCAGCAGACAUCACUGAGCUGUAUGAACAUGGUGGAACAGGCGAGUCAGACGGAGGUGAUCCGUGCAGACAUAUCAGUCCAGACGAACACAGCCCCACAGAGAACAGAGAGUUCUCAAACACUGGUACCAGACUUCACAGUAUCAACAACACAAACCAGGAACCCCGCCCUAGCCAACUCCAGCUCUCAGACAGACAAAGCUGUACUACACAAUGUGUCAGUCCAGGCAGAGAUCAUCAAGUACAACUCCAAAGAGAGGCUCUUCUCCCAAUGUAUACCCCCUCCCACUAGUUCUCUUAAAAUGCUCAGUCAACAGUCUUUAGCUAGCCAAACAGAGUCAGUCUUUGCUGAAUGUAGUCAGUUUAAUUUAAAGACUGUGUCAGGAAAGACAAGUCAAUCACAACAGGACACAGAUAUACAAUCAGUCAGUCAGCCAGAGAGUCAGGCUCAAUCAGUCAUUACUAGUCAGUCUCCGCCAGCUGAUGAGAGUCGGCUCCAAAAUGUUGGCAGUCAGCUUGUCUCUGAAGAUAACAGUCAAUCCAUGACAGUAGAUUCAUCUCUCUCAGAGACAAGUCGUCAAGUAAAGGCAGACAGUAUCCAAACUUCUACAGAUGAUGAUAUCCAAGAAAGCAAUAUGGAACACCAAAAUGUUGCUAAAAGACAUUCAUUUCAAUUUUCUAGUUCAUCAAAUAUCAGCAAAGUGAUAACUAGUAGCAGACAAUCUGUCCCUGAACAUGUAAGCAAAGAAAAUACUUCUAUUUCAAAAAAUGACAAUUCAGUGGAAUGGAGAGAUGGUCACAGGACUGUAGAGGAUGGAGCAGAAAUGAUUGGUGAGGUACCAGCUGACAAAUCUAAAAUGGAAACAGAUAUUGAACCUAAAAUCUGCUCUGAGAGUAUUGGAAAAGAUCAUAUUGACAACAAAAGAGAUAUACAAACCAAAAUAUCCUCAGAUCAUGGUCCAACCAAACAAGGACUUUGUGAAUCAGAGCCAGCUGAUUGUGGAAAUGACAGAAACAAAACUGAAGAAGUUGAUCAGUCCAGUAAUACUGGUGGAACAUCUCCCAGGAGUCCUGGAGGAUCCAGACUGAAGUUGUCUUUGUCAAAACUGAGAAAUCCAACAACAACUUUGUGUCAGACUAAUUCCAUUGAUUUAUCUUUAAAAUCUACAGCAACACAUGAAGGACAGAGAGGGGAUGUUGAAAGCCUCAAGUUAAAUCAACGUAAGGAUGAACCAGAUUGCGACAUCAGAUAUAAAAAGGGCAUUUUGAAAGAUGUAGGACAAGAGAAUGAUUAUAAGAGAAAAAGUGUCUCCUUUGGCAGUCCUCUGCAGAAUGUUCAACAGAUUUCCCAGACCUCCGUGGAGAGUGUUUCACGUGAUGAUGGAGACAAAGAUCUGUUCUCAGACUCAGAAGAUGACACAGAGGAUAAGGAUUACAAAGAGAGACCAUCUGUAAAAUGUCUGCCAACCACAACUCUGAUCAUUCGCAACAAGAGGGUGAAAUCUGUCAACUCUGUGGCUAGUCUUGUAGACGAAUAUCUUCCUGAUACUUCUCUACCUAAAACUGUGUCAGUUCUGGCUGUAAAUGAUGAUGACGAUUUAGAAAUGCCUUCCACAAACACUACGUCCAUUAACAAAGAGAUGAAAUGUGGGAAAUCAAACACUUCAACAAAUUCACCAUGUGGAAACGACCAGAGCACAUUGAAGUUGUUAUAUAGAGACAAGACAAGUGUUUGUGCCGCUAACAGGGGAAUGCCUGUACUGGAAAUUCCUAGUGUACCAAAACUGCAACCAUCAACUCUCUCAAACCAGUACAAACGUACUAUAGAUGCCAUUCUCAACAAAGGCAAAAAACGUAAAACUGACCACUGAAUGGUUUGAUAUUGUUCUAAAUGUAUGUGUAUUUUUGAAGUUCACAUAUCUGCGUUGUGUACAUGUUCUAUGGUUAUAAUUUUCAAAAUAUUUUUUUUUUCAUUUCUUGGAAGAAUUCCCUGUAAAAGAUUCCAGUUAGUUCUUUGAUUUUAUCUACAAAAAACAAAUCAUUUAGUUAUGAUAUUUCAUUAUAUUAUUUAAGAAU